AUGGCCAACACCCCCUUUGACCUCAUCAACACGACCGGUGAAGUAUGCAUCAUUUGCGCAACAAAGUUCCGCAAUGGCGACAAGGUCGUCCUCUUUGACUGUGGCCACUUCAUGUGCAACGAUUGCCAUGAAAACCUCAUUGCUGUACGCGCUACCUACGAAGACGACUACCUAGGAGAAGAAGACGACGAUGGCCGUAUCGGAAACGGGUGCCCCGUCUGUCGCUCGGAUGAUGAAGUAGCUCAGGUCUAUCAAGCCGUGGUGUACCACCGUGGAACCCAGGACGACCCCGUGGUCAUCGAUGAGGACUAA